AUGGCUUGCGAUUUUGGACAGCCCGCUCUUCUGCAGUCACAGGUCCCAUUAUCUUCAAAAUGGACCAUGCAUGAAGAGAGGGCCUAUCACACGGGCGGCCAACCGACGUUGCAGACGCCUUGCAAGGGUGCUGGCUCUACUAGCUCCAACACAAAUACGAAAGACAAGUUUGAGGCUGUGGCAGACAAUAUUUCGUUUAACGAGGAGCAAGUACCUUGCAAUAGAGUAAGAAAAUGUAUUCGCCUCAGUAAGCGACUGGCAAGCGCAGCCUGA